AUGUCUGGCACAGCGUCCAAAGAUGGACAGGAUGGGUCUUACUCGAUGUACCCGCCCACGUCACCCGCAGUUCCUCCUGCCAGCAUGCAAUACCAAAUGGCAGGCGUGUACGGAAACCCCAAUACAUUCGCACAAUAUGGAUACGGCUAUCCAAUGCCGAUGGAUAUGUAUGCAGGACAAGGGGCGCCAUUCAUGGGAUAUGGCAUGAACCCAGGUAUGAUGUACUACGGGGGCAAUAAUAGUGGCAACAGUGGCGUUCCUCCUCCUAGUGGACAGAAAAGAAAAUACUAUAACAACAACAACAACAACAACAACAACACCAACACCAACACCACCAACAACAACACCAACAGUAACAGCAAACCUGAUAAUGGCGGAAAAAGCGCCGAAAGCCCAUAUUAUUCUAAUGUCAAGAGCGGAUCUGUAUCUGGUGGAUCUACCAACGUCAGCUCUGCGGCUGCAAACGGGACCAAAAGUGUUCCUAUUACCAUCAAAAAUCAAUACAAGUUCGAACUAGGAAACAGCAACUCGGUGAGUACCACAGAUUUGAAACUAGAAUACCCAUUUUACUCCAACACCGACCCCAAUAUCUUCCGCAAGGCUCAAGUCAGAAGAACGCAAGUAACUUUGCGAGCUCUGAACGAUGUAUUUGGCGCCAGUUUUGGAGAGCAGCUAUCUGAUGCGGGUGUCGAAACCGAUGGUGAAACUAUUCAGGAAGUCACUGAUCAAUUUCAAACAGCACCCGCCACAGUCCCAUCAACACAAGACGAAAAUGCGCAGGCCGAAGAGUCACUCACUCCAACACCAGAAGUAGCGAGUCUACCUGAACUCAAAGAAGUGAAAGGAAGUGUCGAGGAACCAGUUAAGGCGGUCCCCGCCAGGACUAUCAAAUCUUGGUCCGCAGUUGCUUCUAGUGCCGCAGGGACCAACGGAUCCGCUAAGAGCGCAAACGUCUCAUUCGAUAAAAAAGAUAAAAAGUAUGUCCCUCCGACAGUCAAGAGUUUGGAGCCAGUUGGUGUUGUUGCUCUUAGGGUUUGUUUUGAUCCAGAAUACGUGAAGUACACAACGGAACAUUCAAAAGGCACAGGCAUGGCUUUGCAAUCCGUGAUUCCUAGAGGUAUCGUGAACUCCGGCAAUAUUUGUUUUAUGAGUUCAAUUUUGCAAACGCUGUUGUUCUGUCAACCUUUUAUCAACCUAAUGAACCUCGUAAGUAUCAAAACGCCUGCGAAAAUGGGCAGUACUGGAUUUUUACUUCUUGACGCCUGCCUUGAACUCUACAGGAAAUUUGAUAAACAAGUAUUCGAAAGAGAGAAGGCGGUCAGAGCUGAAAAUGGCGAUGUGGGCAUUUCAAGUGCUUUGACGACCGCAAUCAAGCCUGAAGACUUUUAUAAGACCUUGUCGAAAUUGCCCAAGUUUAAGGAUUUAAAGUGGGGUCAUCAAGAGGAUGCAGAAGAGUUUUUGACUCACCUCUUGGAUCAACUGCAUGAAGAAUUUGUGCACUCCAUUAACGUCUUAUCUGAGGGAGACAUCUCCAAUUUGAUUAAAAGCAUAAAUGAUGAAGACUCAAAACUAAUUUUCAUCAGAAACUUGGCCACCUACAAAAACGCUGAGUUCAUAAAAAAACCAUCAAGCGAUUUGAAAAACAUACUGGACAAAUAUGGUGUAAACGCAGAUGCCUUAGAAGAAGAUCAAGAAAAGGGAUGGCAAGAAGUUAGCAGCACCAGCAAAAAGGGCAAAAAAACAAAGACUGCUGCAAAAAGAACUGUUAUUGUGGUACCUUCGCCAAUUUCAGUCAUAUUCGGAGGCCAGUUUCGUUCGGUACUCGACGUUCCUCAAAACAAGGAACCUCAAUCUAUAACUUUGGAUCCUUUUCAAACGAUCCAGCUGGAUAUUUCUGAAUCCAAUGUCGAAGACCUAGAUAGCGCAUUCCGCAAAUUCAGCGAGUCUGAGCAGAUACCUUUCAAGACCUCUUCUGGUAAUAGCGUGGAAGCAAAGAAACAAACUUUCAUUGAUAAACUGCCUCAAGUGCUCUUGAUACAACUCAAAAGGUUUUCGUUCAUCAACAACACUGACAAGUCUAAAAUUGUCAACUACAACGCAUACAGUGGCCAUGUGGAAAAGAUUCGCAAGAAGAUCCAAUACGGUCAUGAACUGACCAUACCAGAUGAGUCCAUUUCAUCGGUACAUUCCGCAUUUUACAAACAGUCCGGGUCUGCCUACAAACUGAUAGGGGUGGUAUACCACCAUGGUUUAAGUCCCAGCGGUGGCCAUUACACAUGCGACGUUUUCCAAGAAGCUCUGAGUAAGUGGUACAGAAUAGAUGAUGUUAAUGUCCAGGAAAUAGACAAAGAGGAGGUUUUGAAAGGUGGAGAGGAGGGCAAAGAUCCCAGAACCGCUUACAUAUUAAUUUACCAAAAAUUAUAA